CAGGAUGUGGUUUCAGACAUGCGAGUGUAAGAGGAAGAGGGGAGGGUUAUGAGAGGCUGCUCAUCAGUUUUUUGUCUUGCUUUCUUGCUCUUUUAAAAGUUGUAACAGGUGUUUCUAAGAUUUAUGUUCUGAUUUUGAAUAUUAUUGUCUUUUAUUUGCUUGAGUUUUUCAAUAAGCGUGUUUGAAGAUGCUAUGAUAGAGGUAAAGAUGGAUCCUGAAGACACGGAGUUUGAUUCACAAAUUUCCUGGUCUCCUGUACCUAGAGAAAGACUCCUCACCUGUGCCAACCUUCCAGAUAUCGCAGGGAAGAAAAGAAAGCAAGACCCAAUUGAUGCUGAGAACUCGUCUCGAAUCUUGGAGGACUGUGAAGAUGACGAUUUUCCCAUCAGUGAUCACAUAGAGGAUUCAGAGGGUCCCUGUAACAAAAGAGUCAAACCAGUUGACAAAAGUUCUUCGGUUACUGGCAUCAUAACACCAGUAAAAACCCCUGCACUGAAGCGCUUGGGUCAGUCCAUACAGCGAUCCAUCAGUUUUCGGACAGAGGCUCGGCCUUUACCACCAAUGCCAAUAAGAACGCGUCAGAAGGCUUCGUCAUAUCCGCGACGGCGGAGCAGCCAGCUAUGGAGCGAUACGGUGGAUAGUAUGAGCCAGGAGCUCAGUACCAAAGAGAUCAAACGACAGGAGGUCAUUUAUGAGUUGACUCAGGGAGAGAAGCAGCUCAUUGAAGAUCUUAGUUUGGUGAAAAAGGUGUACUAUGAACCAAUGUUGAAAUUAGACAUUAUGACAGAAAGUGAACUGGGACAGAUUUUUGGAACCCUUGAUUCUUUAAUACCCCUUCAUGAAGAUCUUUUAGCUCGUCUUGAAGGUCUCCGCGGAGCAGAGAAGACCGUGCAGGAGGUCGGCCCGACCAUGAUGGAUUGGUUUCCCUGUUUGGAGGCGUACAUCACAUAUUGCUGUAACCAGGUUGGUGCAAAAGCUCUGCUGGACCAGAAGAAGCAGGACCGUCGGGUGGAGCAGUUCCUUCGGCUGUGUCAGGAGUCGUCUUUUAGCAGAAAGCUGGACCUUUGGAAUUUUCUAGACUUGCCUCGCAGCAGGCUGGUGAAAUAUCCUCUGCUGUUAAAGGAAAUUCAAAAGAGUACUCCACCUGAACAUCCAGAUGAAGACGCUCUGCCUCAGGCUAUGGAUUUAAUCCAAAGGAUUAUAACAGAAGUAAAUCUUAAGACUGGAGAGGCGGAGUGUCAGUUUUACAGACGGGGUCUGUGCUAUUCAGAAGACGGUCAGAGGGUUCCAGAGAUUCAGGCCUCUCGGUUUCUCUACUGCCACGGUGAACUGAAAAGCACUAAAGGACAUAAGCUGCACGUGUUCCUCUUUGAGCUGGUGUUGGUUUUGACCCGACCGGUGGCACAGGACAGGGAAGGGCCGGUCCAGUUUCAGGUGUAUCGUCAACCUCUCCCCGCUGCGCAUCUUCAUCUGGAGGACCUACCCGAUGGAGAACCGAGCAGUUCUGGAUCUUUUCGUGGAGCCUUUACUGGAAAUGAUAAAGUGAAGAACUGUUUUCGUGUGAGCACCACUGGACGAUCCAAGUCUCAAUCCCACAGCCUGCAGGCCAAUGACUCCUUCAACAAGCAGCAAUGGAUUUCCUGUCUGCGCCAAGCAAUGGUCCAAUCACGAGACAAACAGGCUCAAACCGGCCAAUAUAAACCCUCAGACCGUUUAAGCCCUGACCCGGCGCUCCAUAACAACAUUGCUGAACUGAACCUAAACUCUGAUGUGGAGAUGCAAGACACAUAGACCGAGGCUAGAUAUGCGCUCUGGUUCUCGUUCACAAUCAGAUACAGAUUUGAUUUGUAAUGUGACAGUCGGGGUUCUCAGGACAAAUGAGAUCACUCGGUUGCUGUCUCGCGUCUUGUUUAGAGAACGUGUAGCAAUAUGUGUUCAAACUGUGGAUGUUUGCCGGUACCAGAUGGAAGAAUAUAUUAGAUUGAUGCUUCUAGCCUUACCUGUUUAUUUUUUUAUUGAGAUUGAUUGUGAUAUAUGUUUUAUUCAUUAUUUAAAUUGCGCCUCAUUCUUUUCCAUCUGAUCUGGUUAAUAAACCACAAAACCUGUUUAGUUUAGUUUAGUUUGAAUGGCAUAAAAGGUUGCUUGUAUGUUUGCUUUUCAUCAUUGCACUUUGGCAGUGUGAUGGGUAAUAUUAUCUUACUUCAUUUUUUUUAUUUACAACCAGAAUGUAGCACAAAUGCUUUUAUGCCUUACUGUAUAAUUUAUAGGUAAUCUGAGGCAUUUUAAAAAGUAUUUGUUUCCAUUUAUUCUUACAGUGCAAAAUGGUACUAUUUCUUUUUCAAUAAACUGACAAUGUCCAUAAACAGA